UUAGACUAUCUGGCGGCCAACCCGGCCCUUCUUAGGGCCGCCACGGAUAGUCCGUUGACUAAGGAAGAGCGGAACGCCCUGUGGGACACAGUGGGAACCGAGCUGAAUGCUCAAGGCCCGGCCAUAAAAAGCCGGGCCGAGUGGAAAGCUCACUGGAAUGGUCGCGUGUGCGCGGCGAGGCGGCGCGAUAGCGACAUUUCUUGUGCCACUAGACAGACCGGCGGGGGUGUGAACCCCAUACCCCCCCUAAACGCCGAGGAGGAGAAAGUCCUGGCCCUCGUGGGCACCGAUUUAUCGAGGGGGUGCGGGGGACGACGAGUCGGAGUGGCGCCGAUCGUGGAAGUACCUGCAGAGGCGGACCCCUCACCACCUGAUGAGGACGAGGCAGCACCGGAAUCACCCCUUCCUGUGCCGACACCCACUGCACAAGUGGCAGCGCCACCCCAACCGAGUGUACACCAGCCGCCAGGUGCCCUGCCUCCCCGUGUGGUGAGGGUACGAUCUGGGCCAGAGUGUACCACCAGGGACCUCCUGGCUACGCAGAAGGAGCAGCUGGCUGCCCAGCUGGACCUGUUGGCUACCCAACAGGGCCUUCUGGCCACGCAGAGGGAGCAGCUGGCUGCCCAGCGGGACCUGGUGGCCACCCAGCAGCUACAGCUGGCAGCAUUGCAGCAGAUAAUUGAGCUGCGCAGGGGCACACAAGAAGCAAUACGUGGGCUGACAAGUGCUGUGGAGGGACCAGCAGCCGCCAGCACACAGCAAUCAUCAUCAUUGACAACCUUAAUACUACACCUUAUGGGGGUGCGGAACUUGCAGCCGCCACAAUAAAGAA